CUCUCAAAAAAGAAAGAAUGCCCUAUUAUUUUCAUCCCCUUCACAAUUUCCCUCACACCCUCACCCCGCAGCCCAUUUGCCCCCUGACCAAGCCGCCGCCGCCGCCAUCUCCGGCCACCCCGCCUCUCCCCCCUCUCCCUCCCCGGCCUCGCCGCCGCCGACCCAUACCGGAACAGGAGGACCGCCACCGCCGUAAAGCCUCCGUGCCAGCCGCCUCCCCGUCGGCCACGCUGCAACCAGAGCAAGAUCCCGCCCCUGGUCGCAUCUCAGAAUGGCGACCCUGAGGAACCUGAAGAUCAAGACGUCGACGUGCAAGAGGAUCGUCAAAGAGCUGCGCUCGUACGAGAAGGAGGUGGAGAAGGAGGCCGCCAAGACCGCCGACAUGAAGGAGAAGGGCGCCGACCCCUAUGAUCUCAAGCAGCAGGAAAAUGUUUUAGCUGAGUCGAGGAUGAUGGUCCCAGACUGCCAUAAGCGGCUUGAAGCUGCACUGACAGACUUGAAAGCAACUCUGGCCGAGUUGAAGGAGUCAAAUGAACAAGGCACUGAGAUCGGUGAGGCUGAGGCUACAAUCACUGAAGUUGAAGCUGUCUACACGCCAACAGAAGCUGAAGAUUAAGCUCGCAACUUCCUUUUCGCUGAAAUGUCAGUAUGCAUCACCAGACUUGCUCUUGUCGACAAGUUAGUCCCAUUCAUAUGAUGUUGACGCGAAAGCUUGUAUGUAUCACGACUCAUGAUCUGUCUCGAGAUGUGCAACUGGUAAUAUCACUGUACUGGAAUAUGGUUAGGCGUUUAUGAUGUGCUGGAAAUGCUGCAUGUUGUUGGCAUUGUUCCAUUUGAGUC